AUGCGAGCAACGAGCGGUCUGGCGCACAUCGCUGCGAUAGCAUUGUGCAGCUUAGCGGCGACGGAGACGCUUGCGCAGGACGCCAACCAACUCAUAUUCGGUGGCACGACAGCGUCGACUCUUGCAGAGCAGGCCUCCUCGCCUUCUCUUGUACCCGUCAAGAUAGGCCUGAUGUCGAGAUGUCCGGACUUCAUCUCGUUCGCUGCUCAAUUCUCCCGCGCCUUGCCCAAAGUGUGGUCGCUGAUCGACCUUCAUUACGCAUACAUCGGCACUCAAAAUCAUUCUGCACCGUACGGUGCUUCUUGCAAACACGGCGACAUUGAAUGCGCUGGCAAUGUGCACGAGUUGUGCGUCAACGAUCAUCUCAGAUCAAACAAGAAGAUUUCAUCUGUUGAAGCGCAGCGAACCACGUGGGACUUCAUCGAGUGCCUAAAUUACGGCGGCAUUGCAGAUAUUGGAAAGGAGGAUGCUGCACGCAACUGCCUAUCUGCCGUUCAUGGCCCACGAUGGGAGGAAGAUGGUAUCAAGCGCUGCGCCAAAGGACAGCUGGGUCGCAAGCUUCUCGCCAAGAGUCUCCAAGAUGCUCACAAAUCUGACAUCGUGUGAGUGAGAACUCUACUGGUUUUGCUUUAAAAGUCGAAAUCGCAGCAGCCUGACCUGAUCAUUCCCUGCACUUGCAGCAAUUCGGCGACCCUGCAGAUUGAUGGCAACACCAUCUGCGUCAGGGACGGCGGCGAGUGGAAGCAAUGCACCGGAGGUCACGAACCCACCGACUGGGUGCGAGCGAUCGAAGACGCGUAUCGUGCACGCAAUCCUUUUGUCGUGCUGCCAACUGACUCGUUUUCUCGGAGUGUAGAAGGCAACAACGAUCCUUUUCAGGCCACACCCCCAACGCAUGUGCUUCAAAAACGGCAAAGCGCGAGCAAUCCACCGCCUCCACCGCCUCCUUCGAACUCUCAAAAUCCUUUCAACAACGACGGACAGCGCACCACGCCUCUUUCGGUCUUCGUGAGUUUCACGUCUCCCCACGCGUUUACGGAAUGGACCACAUUUGGACUGACUUGUGCUUUCUUGCCCAUCUUGGACCCUAGACAUUUGUCAUCGGUGAGCUGCCUUGCCGAUUUUGUGUCCUGCGGCGGAUGGGCACCUGGACAGCCUCGCGCGAUGGGCCGCCUGUGCAAAAAAGACAGGUCAGCGGAAGCACAACGCUGUUUGGCGAUGGCAGUUCUGUGCCCACCCCGUUCCUUAUUUUUGGCGUGUCAGGUGCGCAGCUGCGUGACCCGCCUGUACGCUGCACAUUGCCGGCCCUAUCCGCUGUGUUGCGUUGCAGAUCGGCGCUGACAUGGUCUCGUGUCUUUCCGCUUUGCCAUCAGCCAUCGCGCUCUUCGUUCUCGUGGUCGCUUUCGUUUUGCUUCGUAUCUUCGUGCGCAAUCGACGGCUUAGAAGGCUAGGUCUCCUGCCGGAAGGCGGUCCAAUGGAGCGUUACUUUGGCGGUGCACUCGGAGUACCAGAAGACACUCUCGUCCCGCCAAAGCUUUGGGAGGCUAGCAUCGUCGAUGUACGAGACGGAGCCGCCGGGCGCGGCGCAGCGUCUGGCAGCCUCACCGCUGGAGGUGACAAGAGUCAUGGAUGGGACGCUCUCAUGCCUAUCUCUGCGGCGCUACCCACCAAUAUCUGUACCUCUCUCACGCAUGGAGAGAAGCCUGCUGGCCCCCAGACGCCUGCCGCUCAGGACGCCGCAGCACAAAGCCAGCCAGCGCCUCAAGGCUUAGGCAGACGACUAGGACUUUUCCGUCGUACUACUGCCGACGAAGCUGUUGGAAGCGGAACAGGAGAGUUGCCGGGCGACACUGCAUCUGCGUCAGAUGAUAAAGCGCCGGAUGACCGCAUUCCCAUCAACGUCAACGUGACUGUCUUGAUUGCUAUGCCCUCUCCGCAGACGGUCUUUCCCCAUCGCGGUAUGCGUAGCGCUGCGCUCCCACUGCGAUCGCCAGCAUCGCAGGCCACUUUCAAGACAGCCACCCUAGGCGCUACCCAUCCUGUCAACGAGACUGAGGAAGACGAGCGCAAUGGCGAAGAGAAGGGCAAAACGAGGGCUUUGCACCGCGCACCGAGCAUUAGCUCUGUCGCGACACGUAAAAGUGUGCGCGAGGCGCGCAGGGAGGCGUUCUUCGGCGAGCUGCCGCCUGACGCUGCAGACCAAGCCGAGGCUGAGGUUGAGUUGGUGCGUGGAGCGACCGACAAAGCAGACGAGGCUCUGCACGAUGAUGAGGAGGAAGAGUUGCCCGAGCUCGUAUUUGGCACUACUUCUGUUCCUGUCUAUUCGAGGAUUGGUCCUUCCGCUCCCCAAGCUUCAGGCGCACCGCUUAGCUUUGGCCACCAGUACUUGCAGACGCCAGCCUCCGAGCUUGAUCACCCGCAUCGCAAGGACCUUUUGGACCUUAUUCGGCGCGCUCGAGCCGCUCAGGAGAGCAAGGAGCGAGCGGAGGCUGCAAAGAGGGCAGCUGAAGCUGCCAAGCAGGCUGAGGACACCAACGCAGCAAACCGAGCUAGUGCUGCUCCAACAGGCGACGAUGCUCGUAUUAGCUUGGCAAACACAUCUAUCGAUGCCAAUGUUACUGGCCCACCUGAAGCCGACUUGUCUUCUGGCCGUCCACCGCUUGACGACAUUCUCGUACGCGCGCAUCAGCCCAGGCCCAGCACGGCCUCCACAGAUGUCGGUCCGAACGGCUUCAUGUACGAGCAAGCAGCGCGGCCGUCAUUCGGGCUUGCGGAAGCGAACGGGCGUCGACAUUCCUCUCGGACUGUGGACCCAUUGUUGAACAGCAGACCGUCCACAUCGACUGCGGAGCGACCGUUGAACGAUGGGCGCGACGCCAUGGCCGCAGAGUCUUCCGUGUCAUUGGCCGAUCAUCCUCUCUCGACUGACUCGCCCAUCCCGGCCACACCUGGUGCCGAGACGCUGCCACGCACCUCGACUAGCACGUGGCACACCGGCGUGACGGGACCCAGAUCUGAAGCGCCUCAACAUGUGGUUGAUGACGACGACGAUGGCGAUGACGACGACACCGCGCUCAGACAAGCAGCUCGGGACCAAAGCGAGUUGUCCAAGCGCCUGGAGCAGUCCCAUGCUGCGUAA